CCAAUUUUAACACAGUAGGCUACUUCAAGUUAGUACUACUAAGUCGGUCUUCCUUCAAGCUUCAAGCUUCAAGUCUGGCUCGACAAAUUAUGACCUAUUGACUGUGGAUUUUUUGCACCUCAACGCAAUUGGGCAUGGUUCGGUUCAAGAAUCGCUGGCUCCUUGUCGAAUUUGUAGAAACGUCUACAGCGGAUACUUCCGCUGACAAAGAGCCUCUAAGUACGCGAUCUCUGGACGGGAGGUUGAUCUACAAUGCUCUCCGCGACAGUGUCGUGACAAACUUUGGCGACACUGGAUGGGGAACGGUGGGGAUGUCGUUGACCGUGAAAUACUUUUCUCCGACCACGAACCUUUGUAUCAUUCGCGUCGCACGAGAUCAUCAUCGAAUCGCAUGGGGUGCAGUCACACUUCUUACUGGCAUCCACGACAUCAGAAUUAUUCCGCGUGUUAUUCAUGUCUCAGGUACUAUCAAACACGCGCAGCUCUCGGCGAUCGCACACAACCGAGAAGUUAUCGCGCGAUUUCGCACUAAAGCUAAAAAUGCUGCACUCUAUCAAGACUCGUAUGAUGACUAUCUCGCGCGAAGUACUCGUGAGAUCGAGGCUUUGCAGGAUUGAAUCAGUCCAAAGGUACCCCUUGUGACUCCGAGGAGCUGAAAAGUUCCUUCAAUUUUGGUGGCAAGCUUCGAACUCGCAUUCUGUGAUUGUUGGUCACGACCCCCCUUUCCUGCCCGAAACUUGGCUAGCGGUAGGAGUCAGCAUGAUAUACUCGCGGCCGUUCGCAGCGACUCUCGCUCAAGAAUGCACGCGUAUGAUUUGCGUAGGAAGAACAAGUGAAGAGACGAAGGAGUAGGACAGGAAUUUUGAUGCGGUGUGUAUAGCUACAUUUCUAGUCGACCAAGAAUAAAUUAUACCUCCAAAAACAUUAUUACAACUUCGACUCCAUCCACACUCCUACACCCUCCCCUUCGGCCACACUCAGCCACUGUCUUGCUACUUCUUUUUCU